AUGGACGCUGCCCCAGAGAAAUGUAAGGACAAAUCGGGUGAAGAGGUCGAGCUCGUCUUCACGCGACCGAGACUGUUCACGAUCGAUGGAGUACCUCUCGCACCGCAUAAUUUCUGCGUGAAAUAUUGGAAACAGACGCGCGAAUACCUCCCUCGUGAUGACGACAUAUUCAUCGUCACGUACCCGAAAUCAGGGACAACUUGGCUGCAGGAGAUAUUCUUCAGCCUUUUCAAUGGACGUCAGCCGAAAGAUAUCAAGGAAAGAGCAAUUCAUUGUCCGUUCCUGGAGUUCUCUGGUACCGAUCUCUGCAAUACAAUGUACCGGCCUGGUGCCCUGAAGAUCCACAUGCGUUUCGAACACUCGCCGUAUGCUGCGAAUGCCAAGUACAUUUACUGUGUGAGGAAUCCUAAGGAUUGCUGCGUUUCGUUCUAUUUCCACUCCUUGACGACGUUGGAAAACUUCAAGGACUGCUCAUUCGAAGAAUAUUUUGAAUAUUUCAUGGAGGGUAGACUGGAGUUCGGCAAUUACUGGCAGCACCUCGAGUCGUGGUACCCGAAUAUCGGGAACGGCAACGUGCUAUUCCUGACCUACGAAGACAUGAAGGAGGAUAUAUUACGGGAGCUGGCCAAGAUUGGCGACUUCAUUGGAGGCGAAUGGGGGAUGAAACUCAAAGGAGAAAAAGCCAAAGAGGUCGCUGAACUCUCCUCGUUCAAGAACAUGAAGAGUCUAUUCACUGCGGGUGGCGAUGGAGACUUUGUCCGUAAGGGGAUCGUUCACGACUGGAAGAAUCAUCUCACUGACGAAAUGAGUCAAAGAAUCGAAAGAGAGACCUAUGCACGUUUGAAAGAUGUCUGUCCUGACCUCUUGAAGCAAUGGGAGGAUCUCGGAGUUCUCUCUGGAAGUGGGGAGAACUAGAAAAACAGUCGAGGAUCCGAUGGAUAUUUCACAGCGCGCCUGUCAACCUCAGGAGCAGUGGCGGUCGAGGAUGUGAGAAGAUCACGGAUACCCGUUCGAUGCACUAGAGGUCCGAGGAUCUGUCAACGAUCUACGGGAAACAUCUCGCUGCUGAAGAUGUGAAUUAGAUGCUUGUCCUCCCAUCAACAACUCACCCCUUGAUUCGCUAUGUGUAUUUCACGAUGUGACAGCGAGAAGGAGGUCCUAGAAACGACCGCAUAAUUCCGGCAGGCUCGGAGAGACGGAUUUCCAAUA